UAUUCUCUUUAUCUUCUCCAGGAUGAUUAAUUGAGCACCAUCAUGAUCGCCACAGGGGGUCUGCUGCGGAUAUCUGCCAGGAGACAGGACUCGCUCCGCGCCAAGAACCGAGCCGAGAACAAGCGCAAGAGGAAAGAGAAGAAAAAGAGGAAGAAUGAAGUGGUAGUGGUGAAAGGAAAGCUCAAGCUGUGCUCUGUAUCUGGCCUGGUCGCUGCUGUUGGGAUUCUGGUGCUUCUGGUUGGAGUGGCCAUGGCUGUGUUGGGCUACUGGCCCAAGGAGAGUCCACUGUACCCAGGACUGAUGAACACACAGACCUCUCCGAGGACUUACGAGAGCCGAGGAUCACUCAAUGUGACCGGCAGACCGCCUUGGGAUCUCCUAGAUAAAGACUUCAGGAGCUCCAAUGGGACUGCUGAGCUGGAUCCGCCGAAACUGGGAGCGUUCACUGCAUUCAUCGACAGAUACCUAUACUCAGACAAGCUGAAGGUGUUCGGACCUUUAAUCAUGGGCAUCGGGAUCUUCCUAUUCAUUUGUGGCAAUGCAGUACUUCAUGAAAACAGAGACAAAAAGACCAAAAUCAUUAACCUCAGAGACAUCUACUCAACGGUGAUUGACAUUCAUAGUCUGCGGAGCAAGGAGUCGGCUCCGCUCAACGGUUUCGUGAACUACUGCCAAUCGAAAGACACCAAAUCGAAUGGUUCCCCUCAUAAGGGCUCCUGGCCGUCUCCAGGAUCUGAACGACAUGACGCAGAAAGCAUGAUCCAAUCACGACAUCCAUCUACCACCAUCCCACCAUUCUUGUCUUUGGAAAGACAGAGCUUUACGGACACCGUCUACAGUAUCUAUCAAGAUCAGAACCGAAUCAGCACGGCGGAGCCUGAGCUAAAGCAAUGGGAAACCAGGACCAUCGUGUCAACUUCGGUCAAUGCUUUCACCCUUCCAAUGAUGAAGCUCAACCACCGAGGAGCUUCAGAGAGAAGGGGUUCGGAUAAAACCGGCGAGGCCAAACGAGAGUUCCUGGACGCCGAGGCCAUUUGCAGACGUUUAGAGGAUCUGGUAGCAUCCAGGACCAUCACGAAGGCCAAAGUGGAACCUGCUCAAACUCAUCCCAAGCUUGCGCUGGAUUCGGUGGAGGUUUACAAGAGCAGUGGGAGUUUGCAAGGAGCUCCUCGUGUCUCUCUGCAGGGUUCCCAGGUUCAGCUGCUCUUGUCCAGUUCUCCGAGCCGCAAGGCCACCGGAUCUCACCUGUCCUUGAGCGCUUUGUCUGACCUCUCCAGGUGCAUCGAUCUGGACAUCUGUCCAUCCACUCCUACAGUGGAGCGAUCGAGACGGCUCAGCUGUCCUCGGCUGGAGGGCCUCAGCAGCGGAGGCUACACCAAACUUGAAGGCCUUGGCGGCGAAUCCUUCGAGUCCACAGACAACGCCACGUUCAGUCGAGAGAGCUCCGUUGAGGUUUUGGAAAAGGAGCGGGAGCUUCAUGAUGAGACGCUUCGGCAGGAAGCGUCCAUCAGACAGUAUUCAAAGAAACAGAAACUCAUAAUAGUUUCCCAGUCGGACACCACUUUAGAAGAUGUGGACAUGGACAGUGUGGAAGUUUAACUUUGGUGAUUCGCUGUUAGUCUGACAUGCAGUGAACACAAUCGA